AUGGUCCAAGCGCUCAAGUCACGCCGCACCUUAACCGGACGCAUCCUUACAGCUCGAGCUUCAAGGAGGCCGAUCAGACCACGACACGACAACUGGCUGUGCUCGAGGCUGGCUGAGAAGCUGCAACAUGCUAUCGAUUUCCGGAGACGUGCUCGUGAUACGCACCCAUCAUGCGUGGAGCUGGCCUGGCCUCUCGACGUGACUGCCUACGCACUGAGUAAAAAAUGUGCGGAAGCUGGUACUGAGGCCUCUCCUCGCUCAAGACUGGCGCCGCUCACGCAGCCAAACUACGUUGGCCUGCAGCUUCACAACGCACUGAUACAGCACGAUGUGCUUGAUCAUAUCGAUUUUCACCUUACUGCGCCAGCCAGCAACAAUCCGCGCAUCUCAAAUCUAGCGAAGCAGCCGUCUGAAUUGCGAAGAAACCGGCUUGGCAACUACGUCCACUGGAGUCUACCACGCCUAUAUCGAUCCGCGCAGACCAGCGCGGAUAGCUACGAGAACAAGAAUGACAAGGACGUCCGACCUUCCGGAACGCCAACUCUGAAUCCGAGCUUUCGAACCGUGCCCAACAGAUGGCUGGUGGUCCGGCGACUCGACUUGGGCUCAGCCCAGCCGCAAGGCAGUGGGCUUCCGGAAUAUCAAUCCUGGGUCGUGGAGAGUAACGCUGUGCGUAACAUUGGUGGCAUUGAGAACUCAGCCGAUCUCGAAGUCGACUGUGUGCCGUUUGUCACCGGCAGCGGUUUCGAGCCUGGCAAAGCACCCGACAGUGCACGACCUGAUGGGUUUCAAAUGCAGUCCGAGACCUUUCUGGGUAAGAAAAGUGCGCACGCCGGCUUCGAUCCGAAUGUCGAAAGAGGGUGGACAGCGACGGCAUCGCCGACCGUACCAUUGACGGUGAUGAACUCCUCCAAUCCACUCUUUCCGGACUAUGUCCCGCACAACAGCAAAGUAUUCUCCAUCAUCGACUCGUUCCGAUACAAGAAAGCUGGAAACAACGACUGGCUGUAUCUUGACAAGGCCAAUGCGAGCUACUUUGUACUGGGCUGGCAUUCCGAGACCCAGGAUUCUCCUCUUCCAAAGACUGGCGCUCGGCUGAGUAGCAGACUUCAGAGCCUCUUCCUCUCUCUCAACAUCUACAAUGUGAAGUACGACUUCAACGGAAAGCCUCCGAGUAAGGCUGAUGAGGCCGCCAAAAAGCUCAGCACUACUACAAAGAUGGAGCCGGUCUCAAUUGGCACGACUCCACUGGAUGGCAUUUGGACCUUUCUGGAUGCCCAUGAUGCGGACAGCGCCGACGAUGCCGAAACCAUCUUUGGCCAAGGAGCGCAUGACGUUGUGGAAAGCAUUGUCGAUAUGGCAUCUCUGCUGUAUGCUCAAGAUGACACAUACGACUCCAAAAUCCGAGCUCAAGAUAUUCUCUACACGAACAACUUUGCUUCAAAUAGCGGCGGCAAUGAAUGGCACUUUGAUGGAAAGACAUCUUCGGACAAACCACCAUUGAUGCCGAACGAUGCUCAGCGGAAGACUCUGGCACUCCUGAACGAGCAGAGCAAGUUAGAUGCUGCGAAUGAGAAACUUCGGGACACAAGAUGGGAGCUCUUCUCCGAGUGGUGGCAGUUCUUGAGCAAUCGCGCCAAUGACCAGAACAGCGUCAUUAGCGAUGCCAAAAAUCGUGUUGCGACGUUGAAACGCAAAGCCGUAACCUUGGAGAGGUUGGUCAACACAAUUACGCAGUCAAUCAACCAACCGGGACAGCACUCCAAAACCAAGUGCCCUGCAAACAAGCCGCCAAAGCACCAUUCUACAAGCGGAAAGAUCCGACCCUGUGCAUCGCUGGGCUGGACCCCGGGUUCGCGCCAGACUUCAUGGACGUACUCCCAGUCCGUGAUGAGAAGCAGAUCAAGAUGCCCGACAACAAGUUCGUUCAGAUUGCCAAAGACUUUAUGGGAAGCACAGUAUUUCCAUAUUGAGCGCAAGAAGUGGACCGUCAGUGUUCGGAAAAGUCCCGUCGGUCAGCCCCACUCACAAGUUCGAUAUGGGUUGUCCGAGCCUUUGCAAGCAGCGGAUCAGAAAGACGUCAGAGUCCUCAGCGGCAGGGUCAUCCUCACGCCUCAGCCCGUGUUCUCUAUUGAAGAUGCCGUCCGCCAAGUCUUGGACAAUUCUGGACCCGAGCUUGAAGCUGCCGGGUUGAGUAAGGAUGAAGUGGCAGCCCUCAAAAAGGACAGCGGGAAGGCGCUGAAGCAGUUGAAAUUCAUCUCGGCGCAGCUUUCAGGCCUCACAGAUCAUCUACUCACCAAAUACGAGGGCGCUCACGUCAAACCCACCUUUCGAAAGCAGGGUGGAGGUGUGCAGAGUAUGAAUGUGGCAAUCACUAAAUGUGCCGCGAUUGAUGACCCAGUGGACGGAGACAAUCGAUCCAUGGUCGAGCUCAUUGGAGCCGAGAGUGGUCUGACACCGUAUGCGAAUCUACUGACCUUUGACAAAUAUCCAGGCGUGCCCUUCAAAGGUGUCACGCACGGUCAGAUGAUGUUCACGAAGCUCAACAUCAUCGAUAAAUUUGGCGAAGCGGUUUGCGUUUUUCAGCCUCGACCUGCUCGGAGGGCACCGAAGCCAGAGGACGCAUCAGCUUCGUUCUAUCCUUGCUUGAGCGAUUUCCUUUCCCCGGACACAAUCGGCGACAGCAGCCGCCUGAACACAGUCUUCCAGGAGCCUGCCGUCAACGCCGGACAAUGGCCACUGUGCCGGUUUCUUCAGCUCACGCCCGCGAUCAAUCAGGAGGCCAGAAUAAAUGCGUCCUUCCUCAACCCCAACACGGACGGACCCACUCCGUCCUGGCACGAGACAAACGGUGACAUGCAUGAAAGCCCAGUCUUUGGCUGGCUUGUUCUCAACUACCAGGACUACGGUUUUCAGUUCUUUUUGGAAGACGGCACUUUCCAUCGUCAAGUGAGGGUGGGAGGUCCUACCGGUACAAAUGCAAGCAGCAAAUGGUUGCCAUUCGAUCCUCCGAGUAAGCCAUCCGGCAAUGCUCAACUCGAUCAGCUCAUCAAUCGAAUGACGACUUGGAAACCGCCACCAGGAUCUCAAGAGACGUCCGCAACAUACCUCCAAGGCUUCUUCGACAUGAUCAACAGUGCGACCAAGAACAUGCCCUACGCUCCAAGCGACUACUCAGCCUACGCCAAUGCCAUCGUCGGCAAGCCUCUCGCUCUGGUCAACGUCGGCUGGUCCCUCAAACUCCAAGCUCCACCCUACAAGCAUCAAAACAUACUCGGCAACACCCCUCUACUGGCGCAGACUGGGCACUUGUCCCUGGUGCGGAGCUAA